AUGGCCGAGGAUGUUAUCAACAAUUUGGGGAAAAUGAAGUUGACUGCAAAGGAAGAAGAAGUCAUUGCUAUUUCAAAUGAGGGUCGACAAGAAGAAAUUGAAAGUUGCACCCUAAGCUUGAUUGGAAAUUUCCUUACAUGCAAGCCUUUCAACAAAAAGGCGGCCCAAAGUAUGUUGAGAAGAGCUUGGGGGCUUGAGGAUGGGUUGCAAAUCAUUGAAGUUGGUACUAAUUUGUUCCAAUUUAAAAUUGAUCUAGAGUUUGAGUUUGAGCGGGUGUUGAAAGGAGGUCCGUGGACAUUUGACAACCAAGUCCUAAUGUUGCAUAAAUGGCAAUCAGGGAUGACGGCGAAAAUUGUCCAGUUUGAUUUGGCCUCCCUAUGGGUGCAAAUAUGGGGAGCACCGUUUGAUAUGGCCUGUCCCAAAGUUGCAGAGUAG